ACACAGUGCCAUCUCCACAAAAGCAGUCCAUUUACGCACUGUACCUCGCUUGACAUCGAACUGAUCCCCCAGUCACAAACUGUGGUCCUUCAUUCAACAGGCUUCAUCACGGCCCGCCGCAUCAACACCUCCAUAGCGCCAUCACACACCAGCACCAUGGCCGACAAAGACCUGAUCGCAUAUGCGCGCGACGCGGCCAGCCGGGGCGAUGACCUGUUCGCGCUGCUCGCGACGGACGCCACCGCGUCCGAAUCCGACAUCCGCCGCGCCUUCCGCCGCAAGGCCCUGACGGCGCACCCCGACAAGGCCGGCGACGCCUACGACCCGGCCCUGUACGAGCGGCUCGAGCGCGCGCGCGAUGUGCUGCUCAACCCGGAGGCCCGCGAGGCCUACGACAGCGGCAUGCGCGCCGUGCUGCAGAAGAAGGCCCAGCUGGAGCAGAUGACGCUGAAGCGGCGGCAGCUGGUCGAGGAGCUGGAGCGCCGCGAGGAGGAGGCCAAGCGCGCCAAGACGGACGCCGGCCCGCGGGCCUACGAUGCCGAGCGCGCGGCCAUGGUGGCGCGGGGCCGCGCCAAGAUGGAGGAGAUGCGCCGGCUGCGGGAAGAGGCUGAGGUGCGGGAGAGGUUGGCGAGGGAGAAGCGGGCGUCCACAGCGGCUGCGGGUGAAUCAUCCGCAAGAAGCACGUCUGCAGGCCAGGCCACUACAACAACACCAACAACAACCACAACAACCACAACCACAGACGCACCUCACGACGGCCAACCCACACCACCGCAAGCCGACCGCGACGACUACGACGAGCGGAUAGCGGAGCUCGAGAGGCGGCUGAAGGAGAAGCAGCAGCGCAAGGCCGAGAAGGAGCAGCGCAAGGCAGACAAGAAGGCGGCGAGGAAGGCCGGGUCUCCGGGGAGGGAGGCCCCUCCUCCUCCCAGCAACAACCCUCCACCACCACAUCCUUCCGCUGCGGCAGACUCCCAGGCUGACGAAGACAAGGUCUCCGAGCCCGCCAACGCUGCACCGGCCGCGCCGCCGCCCCCGCCGGCUGCCGGCGGCUCUACGCCGAAGACAAGCGACCGCUUUGCGUCGACCCUGGCCAGGCUGCGGGCUGCACAGGCGAAGAAGGAGGAAGAGAAGCGGAGGAAAGCGGAGGAGGAGGCGCGCGCUGCAGCUGCCGGCGUGUCUGCCUCGUAAACUUCGCCCGGGUAGUGCUGCUGUGGAUGCGUGAUAGAUAGACUAUGAUACCCCUUGAGAUAGAACGAUAUUUGAUGCCAAUGCACGGUGUGCGGCUGGAUGCACUUGCCUUGUGAUUUGGCAGUCCUAGUUGCAUACGCGUUGCUGGCCAUCUCGUGGUCCUCAAGUAACACCCACCCU